CUUCCUCCGCCCUCCUCCCAAGAACGUAAAGAGAUUUUUAGUGCAGAGAAGAGAGAGAGAUGGCGGCGAACCAGAGCAACGCAAACAAAAGUCUGAAGGCUUAUGAUGAACAUAUUCCGGAGAUCAAGUUCACCAAGCUCUUCAUCAAUGGCGAGUUCGUCGAUUCCGUCAAAGGGAGGACGUUCGAGACGAUAGAUCCGAGAAAUGGAAAAGUUAUAGCAAGAGUUGCAGAGGGAGAUAAAGAGGAUGUGGAUUUGGCCGUGAAAGCCGCCCGCCAAGCAUUUGAUCACGGCCCCUGGCCACGCAUGCCGGGUUAUCAAAGGGGAAGGAUCAUGUCGAAAUUUGCGGACUUGAUCGAAGAGAAUAUAAACGAACUGGCCGCUUUGGACACCGUGGACGCCGGGAAGCUAUUCAGCAUGGGCAAGGCCUUGGACAUUCCUCAAGCUGCCACAAUGCUCAGGUACUAUGCCGGUGCAGCGGACAAGAUCCACGGUGAGGUACUGAAGAUGUCGCGUGAGCUUCACGGGUACACCCUAUGUGAGCCGGUCGGUGUGGUUGGGCACAUCAUCCCUUGGAACUUCCCGACCACCAUGUUCUUCGUGAAGGUUGCCCCGGCAUUGGCAGCUGGUUGCACCAUGGUCGUGAAGCCCGCAGAGCAAACCCCUCUAUCGGCUCUCUUUUAUGCUCAUUUGGCUAAGAAAGCUGGUGUUCCUGAUGGAGUGAUCAAUGUUGUAGCCGGCUUUGGACCAACGGCCGGUGCAGCGAUAAGCAAUCAUAUGGACGUUGAUAUGGUCAGUUUUACGGGAUCUACAGAAGUAGGACGAAUGGUGAUGCAAGCUGCAGCAACAAGCAACUUGAAACAAGUGUCCCUCGAAUUGGGUGGGAAAUCGCCUCUUAUAGUCUUUGAUGAUGCCAAUUUAGAUACCGCUACUGACCUUGCUCUGACCGGUAUCCUCUUUAACAAGGGAGAAAUAUGCGUCGCGGGCUCUCGGGUGUAUGUUCAAGAAGGGAUCUAUGAAGAGUUUGAGAAGAAGCUAGUGGCAAAGGCGAAGGCUUGGUCGGUCGGCGAUCCGUUUGAUCCAAAUGUCCAUCAAGGACCGCAGGCUGGUAAGAAACAGUUUGAGAAGAUACUUUCUUACAUCGAGCAUGGAAAGAGAGAAGGAGCCACGCUUUUGACUGGGGGCGAGCGUUUGGGCACCGAAGGGUACUACAUAAAGCCAACAAUCUUUGCAAAUGUUAAGGAGGACAACAUGAUCAUGAAGGACGAGAUUUUCGGUCCCGUCAUGUCGCUCAUGAAAUUCAAGACUGUCGAGGAGGCAAUUAAGAGGGCCAACUAUACGAGGUACGGCUUGGCAGCGGGGAUUUUGACGAAGAACAUAGAUCUGGUGAACACGGUCUCAAGGUCAAUCCAAGCUGGUGUCAUCUGGGUAAAUUGCUACUUUGCGUUCGACAAUGAUUGUCCCUAUGGUGGCUACAAGAUGAGCGGCUUCGGGAGAGAUCUCGGUGUGGAUGCUCUCCACAAAUAUCUACAUGUUAAAUCUGUUGUGACCCCAAUUUAUAACUCUCCCUGGCUUUGAGAGAAAUUUAUCUAGGAAAAAAACUUUGCAUCACCUCAAAUAAUGUGUAAUUCAGAAAUUAUAAGGUAUAAUUACGAGAAACAGAAUACAAAUCAUUUUGGCAUUCAGAUGAUGUCAACAAUUUUAUGCUACAAAACGGGUAGCUUUUGUGCGCA